AAUUUAAAACUGCAUAACUUAAGCUACUUCAACAAUUUGUAAUGUCAUUCUAAAUAUAAAUGAUAAAGCUGUAAUUAACCACUUCUACGUGUAAGAUACUUCAACUUAUUGGUGUGUAACUCAGUAGUAGUGGCACGAUAAUUUAUAUCGCUUAUUUUUACUAUUAUUAUUAUUUAUUACUAUUCCCCUGCUAGUAUAAUGUUUCUAUGCAUAAUAUUUCUUCAGCUCGGACAUAAGUAAGCAGUAAGGCUAUUAAUUAUUCAGAUAAUUAUUUUUCCUCGUGCGCCAGCCAGUGGUCCAGCCAGAGAGCUGGAGUGUGUUCAUAAUAAAGACGUCACUCUCUGCUUUGACCGUGCCAACCAAGUGCGCAGCUCGUAAGUGUACAACUACAAUCUCGACAUGCUUACGGGCGACCGAGGAAUCCCUGCAUCCGUCAACACUUCGGCACCGAUAUCUGCAGGGGCUCUGUAGCCAGGACAUCGUUUUUACUACAGGACGUUUUGGGCUUCUUAGCUGCGCAACCCGAUUCGCUAGGAUUUAAAGGAAGGAGCAGGGACUCUCAAGAGCAUUUCAGUGAAACAACAAAAAACAACACAAGCCCACCACUAUGUGAAAUUGGCCUACACUUGAUCCAAGGAGAGUGAUGGAGGAGGUGUCAGAUCCCCUGCCCUGCACUGCAAAGCCCCCCCGCAGUCUGCUGAAAUGGAAGAAGAGAGUGAAGUCUGAGUACAUGAGGUUAAGACAGUUAAAACGCUUCCGCAAAGCUGAGGGAGUUAAGGCACUGUUCCAGUCUAAUCGGCGUAAGAUUGAAGAAAAAACUGAGCUGUUGAAUGAGGAAUGGUCUAAGCUCAGAAUCCAGACCAUCCCUCUGUCCACCCCCAGUAGCUUUCUGCCCAUCAAAAAGUUGUGCAUGGUGGAGUUCGGCUUUCCGUCUUUUCCGAACCAGGCAGUUGCCAUGCGUCCCUUGACAACUGUUGCUGGGAUACCAUUCAUGAACUCCUGGUCCCCUUUGCAGCAGAACUUUAUGGUGGAAGAUGAGACAUUUCUGCAUAAUAUUCCUUACAUGGGAGAUGAGGUGUUAGAACAGGAUGAGACUUUCCUUGAGGAACUCAUUGAUAAUUAUGAUGGGGUUCAUGGGGACCGAGAGGGGGGCUUCAUAAAUGACGAGAUCUUCAAAGAGCUGGUGGAGGCAUUGAGUCAAUACUCAGACCUGGAGGAGGAGGGAGAGGAGAGUGGAGAAGAGGAUAAGGAGGAGAGAGGGAUGCAGAAAAGUCCAGCAGAAAGUCCAGAGGAGUCUAAAGUGGGCUUCUUCGAGAUGAAGAGCAGCAGCAGUGCUGAAGAAAGAGAACUUACCACCGAUAAAAAGACUCCCCACAACAAAAUUUUCACAGCAAUUGCAUCUAUGUUUCCUUACAAAGGCACAGAGAAGGAGCUCAAGAACAAGUAUAAGGAUCUUCUGGAGCCCUCCAACAUUGUGAAGUUGCCUCCUCUCUGCACUCCCAACAUAGACGGACCGUUGGCCAAAUCUGUUCAGAGGGAGCAAAGUCUGCACUCUUUUCACACACUUUUCUGUCGCCGCUGCUUCAAAUACGACUGUUUUCUUCACCCAUUCCACGCAUCUCCUAAUGUAUAUAAGAGAAAAAAUAACGACAUCAGAAUAGAGACAGAACCAUGUGGACUGGAUUGCUUUCUCCUUCAGAAAGGGGCAAAAGAGUAUGCUGACCUAAACAUACCGAGGUCUCAAAGAUCUCGCCGUAAGCGCCGAAAGCCCCGCCCCUCAAGUUCAAGCGGCCCCACCCCCUCAGGGUCAUGCGACGAGGGAAAAGUAGACAGCGACCAUGAGACCACCAGCUCUUCAGAGGGAAACUCUAGAUGUCCAAGCCCCACCAAAGUGAAACCAAGCGAGGAAGGACCAAAGGAGUCUGAGGCGCCUUCCCAGUGGAGCGGAGCGGAGGAGUCUCUGUUCAGAGUCCUUCAUGGCACAUAUUUCAAUAACUUCUGCUCUAUUGCACGACUCAUUGGAACCAAGACCUGCAGGGAGGUAUACGAGUUUGCGGUGCAAGAGGUACUGAUUCACCAUGUUCCUCUGGAGGAUGGUGGGGCAUCACCACAGAAGAAGAAAAGAAAGCACAGAUUAUGGGCAAAGAUACAGUUAAAGAAAGACAAUUCAUCCAGUCAGGUUUACAAUUAUCAGCCUUGUGACCACCCUGAGCACCCGUGUGACAGCUCCUGUCCCUGUGUGAUGACCCAGAAUUUCUGUGAGAAGUUCUGUCAGUGUAAUCGCGAGUGUCAGAAUCGGUUUCCCGGCUGUCGCUGUAAGACUCAGUGUAACACCAAGCAGUGUCCGUGUUACCUAGCUGUGCGGGAGUGUGAUCCUGACCUCUGCAUGAACUGUGGGACCACACACCUUUUGGACAGCAAACAGAUCUCCUGCAAGAACUGCAGCAUCCAGAAAGGACUCAAGAAGCAUCUUCUCCUGGCCCCAUCUGAUGUUGCAGGUUGGGGUACAUUUAUCAGCGAAUCAGUCCAGAAGAAUGAGUUCAUCUCUGAAUACUGUGGAGAGCUUAUUUCCCAGGAUGAGGCAGACAGAAGAGGCAGAAUCUAUGACAAGUGCAUGUCCAGCUUUCUGUUCAACUUGAAUAAUGACUUUGUAGUGGAUGCAACACGUAAAGGGAAUAAAAUACGAUUUGCCAAUCACUCUAUAAACCCCAACUGUUACGCGAAAGUUGUCAUGGUUAAUGGAGAUCAUCGCAUCGGAAUCUUCGCCAAGCGAGCCAUACAAUGCGGGGAGGAGUUGUUUUUUGAUUACAGGUACAGUCAAGUGGACGCAUUGAAGUAUGUGGGCAUUGAGAGAUUGGCAUAAUGUAGACAUGCGUGUCUCUACAGCAUCUGCCUGCUAACAUUUCUUGCCUACCAACAACACAGUGGAAGAACGUGGUUUUCUACCAUCCGGGCUAAAUAAAUGCCAACUGGAAGUUAUUUUAUUAAGUCAUUGUUGUUCGUAUGACAUCGCGCAGUCAUUUGACGAUGUCACUAUCUUGAUGUUACGUGCGACUUGACUGAAUCGUCUGAACAAGGGUUCUCGUUUUUUGUGACGUUUGUAAGGACUUGAAGAAACCAAAAGUUGGUAUCCUUACAUUUACUAAUUUACAUUUGCACAAUAUGGCCGAUACCACAGGAUGUUGCAGAGACUGUGUUCUUCUGUCCACUUCCAAAAAAUAUCGAAAACAUUAAAUAGUAAUAAUCUAUGUAUACUCAAUAUAUACUGUAACUGCAAACUAAAUACUUCACGCCUGACUGUUGUUGUUCUUCUUGGUACAAAUAUUCCAUUGUGCAAAUAAUCAAACAAUAUUUUGUAGAUUCACACUUGUAGAAGUCAAAACAGUUUCACUUCCGACGCAGUAUUCUGUAAACUUAUUUGCAACUUGUUGUUAUUUAAUGUAAAGCCUGUUACUGUAUCUAUCUAUCUAUCUAUCUAUCUAUCUAUCUAUCUAUCUAUCUAUCUAUCUAUCUAUCUAUCUAUCUAUCUAUCUAUCUAUCUAUCUAUCUAUCUAUCUAUAAGCAGCUUGCUAUAUUGCACAAAGCCAGCUUGUGUUAGUCUAGCUAACAGCACUAAGGCAGUUAAACUCCAUUUUUGCUUCAACUGUUUAAGGUCAAACAAUGUUUUUUGUUGUAAUAAAACAAGUAACCAUAUAAACCGACAGACAGAAUGUGAGCUACAGAACAUUGUUUAGCCGGCUUUUUUAGACUGGGUGUACAAAAUGGGUCUAAGAAAUUGGUUCCACUGUCAUCUGUACCAAUUUAUGUACAAUAAAGAACUAAAGCAAAAGUUUACA